AUCUAUCGAGAGCUAGGCCCGGGCAAGAGAGUCUCACUGUCCAAGCUCGCCUCGGACAGCUUUGCGCAGCACAACCGGCCGUAUCGUCUCGCCAUUGACAUUGCCAUCUGGCAGUUCCAGAACCAAGCAGCCCGCGGCGGCACCAACCCCGCCAUCCGAACUCUCUUCUACCGACUCGUCCGUCUUCUCGGCACGCCCAUCCAGCCCAUAUUCGUCUUCGACGGCCCUCGCAAACCGAAAUUCAAGCGAAACAAGCGCUCAGGCAGAGGCGAUGGAUUCGCGGCGGCCCACGCCAAGAGGCUCAUCCGGCUCUUUGGCUUCGUCGUCCACGAUGCGCCGGGCGAGGCCGAGGCCGAGUGUGCCCUUCUGCAGCGAAACGGCAUUGUCGAUGCGGUGCUGAGCGAAGACGUGGACACGAUAAUGUUUGGGUGCACGCGGACGCUGCGCAACUGGUCGGCCGAGGGAAAGGCCGGGAAGCCAACACACGUAUCCAUGUACGACGUCGAGGAGAUGAACAUGGCCAAUCUGGGUCUGGAUCGAGAGGGGAUGGUGCUGGUAGCCCUUAUGAGUGGCGGCGACUACAUUCCCGAGGGAGUGCCAGGCUGUGGACCAAAAGUGGCAUGCGAGGCUGCCAAGGCAGGGUUUGGGAAAUCGCUGUGUCGGCUCCGAGUCUCGGACGCAGAAGGGCUGCGCAAGUGGAAAGCGUCGCUGACGCAUGAGCUGCAGACGAACGAAAGCAAGUUCUUUCGCACUCGCCACAAGGCUCUGGUGAUUCCAGAAGACUUUCCCAAUAUCGAGGCGCUUCGAUAUUACACACAUCCGGUGGUGUCACCCGAAUCCACACUGGAAGCAGUCAGGCAGAGGCUGAGCGAAACGCGGGAGAUUCAGCUAGAGGGCCUACGGGAGUUUGCAAGGGAGACGUUCAACUGGGACUUUCGCAUUGGUGCAAUCAAGUUCAUCCGUGUGCUCAGCGAGGGCCUCUUUGUACACCGGAUGCAUCAAGCCGCCAUCGACGGAGACUCCUUGGUCAAGAAGGUAACGGGUCGUCGAACCCAUUUCAGCACAGACGGCGCGCCCGAGCUGCGGCUGGCGUACGUUCCCGAAGAAAUCGUGCCCAUUGACAUAUCGAACGAGGUGGAGGAGGAGAUUGCAUAUGCUCGAAGCGGCCUGGCUCUCAAUAGCGAUGAAGAGUAUACCGCGCCCGAUAAUGUCGAGGAUGCCCAGGGCAGUGCAAAGGUGUUUGACAUUACACAACCGGAGCUGACAUGGGUUCUGGAGGAGGUGGCGAGGAGAUUUGCACCAAAGUCCGUUCAGGCUUGGGAAGAAGGCACACAGGCAAAGACCAAACGGAAACCAUCAAAGAAGGCAUCGUCCAAGGCAACGAAAGCGGACACGGUCCCCAACAGCACUCUCGACAACUUUGUCCGCGUCACCAAGGCCGUCAACGCCAACGCGGUCGGCAACACGACUAACCUCCACGAUUCAGAAGACACGUCCCUCCCUCCUCUCCCCCCACCGACCCAACAGCUGCGCCGGCCGCAAACGCCCCCCUCUCUACGGCAGCCUAGUAAGCAUCUCACGCCCGCCGCACCUCCAGGCUUGGACGGUUGGACAGUAACCAGCUCACCAGACUCACCUAGACGUCAUGACGAUGCAGGAAGUUUCGAAGCUAUCGUCAUUUCGUCCAGCCCUGCCGGUGCCGACGCGUCGCCGGUAUCACGCCCUAUGCCAGCGCCGCCAGGUACAGCUCUUACCGAGGCAGGUAGAGGUGCAACCGCGGGGAUGCCAAAGUCUAUACGGUCCAUUCUUGCGGCGAAUGCUGCUUCGGCGCGGGUGAGGAGCGAAGAGGGCAGAUCUGCAAGGGCAAAGACGGCAUCCGUUUCCAAAACAUCACAGGGAGCGGCAAAGCUCAAGCAGCUGUCCAUGGACACAUUUACGCAAAAUUCUUCUCGAGCGGGAACGACUCGCCCAGGACCAUCCAACCGUACCGAAGAAAGGGGAUACAAAUCAACCUCUAGGCACGAAGAUCUUUUCAUGGAGGCAUGCAGCAGCACACACGACGAGUAUGCCACAUCUCAUGUACCACACUCAGCAGCAUCAUCAUCAUCAUCCCGCCCCAUCCUCAACACCACUUCCCUUUCGCUGCAGCGAGAAAGACAUCACGAGCCCACGGCCGCAACGAAAAAGUUGAUUGUCCCCAGCGCCUCGAGACCGGGCUUCUUUGACGAGAUAGAGGUCGAGGCAGAAGAGUACGAGGAAAGAAUUGCGCGAGAAGCCCGGUUGUUGCGGAGCCGCGGCGCGGGAUCGGGGGUUACGAGGUGGAGCGAUGUGUCGUUUAUUGACUUGACGGGGAGGGAUGACUCUAUGAUUCAAUGA